AUGGUUGACUCGAUACGUGGUUUAGGGAGUAGGUCGCGACGUCGUUCUCCUCUAGUUCUUCGAGAUGCUGGUGAAUCGGAUGGAGUCAAGCGAGAUGCUCAACGAAUUCAACAGGCAAAUGGAUCACAACGUCCUCAUGAAGUUGCUGAGAGUCGCGAGGAGUUAGGGCAUGUCUCCACUCGGGAGCGCGAACGUGACAGAUCGGGUGACAAUUCAGAGCGAUCUAAAGAUCGGGAUCGAGAACGGGAACAGGGUCGUGUUCGCAACCGUGACCAUGACCGGAUUCGUGAUCGUGAUCGCUACCGGGAAAGGGAAGUUUCGCGCCGGAGGCCUGAAGAGAAGCGCAGAGAAGUUGGAGAGAAGGAAUUGGAAGAAUCAAGAGAUAGGAGUAGACACGAGCAGCGACGAGCACGAACGAGCAACCCGCCGGGCAGACUAGGUGAAUCUCGAAGGCCAGCAAUAGCGCAAAACAUUUCUUCGAGAGAUAGUGGAGGAGGUAGAGACGAUAGUCUAAUAGACCCUGGUCUCUACAGGGCUCAAUACCGAGCCAAGCAACUUGCUUUUUACUUUUAA